CAGUUGCGGCAGGCGCGACCGCUGAUUGGCAAGAAAGGGCCUCAACUCCAGGGAAAUUUAUGUAAAGCCGCGCCCCCUACGACAACACCACCGCUCUCUCACGCCUCCGCAGUCACUGUCACGCAGUAUGGGUGUUCUCGCUGAUGUCUCUGGGCCGAUUGGCAACUUCACCGCCAACUCGUCCACGCCCGUCGUUCUCGCCGCCGGUUUCGCAUCCUUCCUCGUCCUCGCGAUCGUCCUGAACGUUUUGCAGCAACUGCUGCUCAAGAACCCCAAUGAGCCGCCUCUCGUCUUCCACCUGUUCCCGGUGAUUGGUAGCACAGUCACCUAUGGCAUGGACCCGUACAAGUUCUUCUUCGCCCAGCAGAAGAAGUACGGCAAUGUGUUCACUUUCAUUCUCCUCGGUCGCAAGAUGACUGUCUGCCUCGACACCAAGGGCAACAACUUCAUUCUCAACGGGAAGAUCAAGGAUGUCAACGCAGAGGAGAUCUACAGCCCGCUCACCACCCCCGUCUUCGGCAAGGAUGUCGUGUACGACUGCCCCAACUCUAAGUUGAUGGAGCAGAAGAAGUUCGUCAAGUUCGGUCUUACCCAAGACGCCCUCCGCUCCUACGUUACCGUCAUCACCGAAGAGUGCGAGAACUUCAUGAAGCGCCACAAGGUCUUCCAGGGCCGCAAGGGCACGUUCGAUGUGACCAAGGUCAUGGCCGAACUCACCAUCUACACGGCAUCCCGCUCUCUUCAAGGCCAGGAGAUCCGCGACUCCUUCGAUUCCAGGUUCGCCGAGCUGUACCACGACCUCGACAUGGGAUUCUCGCCCAUUAACUUCAUGCUUUCCUGGGCUCCCCUUCCCCACAACCGUGCGCGUGACAACGCACGUGAGACAAUGAUCAAGCUCUACUCGGACAUCGUUCGCAGGCGCAGAAGCGGCGAGGCAAAGAGGAAGGAGGGUGAGCACGAUAUGAUCUGGCAUCUGAUGGACUGCAAGUACAAGGACGGCACAGAGGUCCCCGAGCACGAGGUCGCUGGUAUCAUGAUUGCGCUGCUCAUGGCUGGUCAGCACUCUUCGUCUUCUACGAUCGCCUGGAUCCUCCUCCGCCUCGCACAGAACCCUGGUCUCAUUGAAGAGCUUCUUGAGGAGCAGAAGACUCAGCUUGGCCAGGAUCUUCCUCCCCUGACCUACGAGGACCUCCCCAAGCUGUCUCUGCACGCCCAGGUCGUCAAGGAAACCCUCCGUCUCCACGCGCCUAUCCACUCGAUCAUGCGCAAGGUUAAGCAGCCUCUUGUCGCAGACGGCACCAACUACGUCAUUCCUACCUCGCACACCCUCAUGUCUUCGCCUGGAUUCUCUGCGCUGCUCGAUUCUCACUUCGUCAAUGCCGACGUUUGGGACCCCCACCGAUGGGACGCUGGCCAGAACAACUACGAGGAGCCCGAGGCUGUGGCUGGCGGCGAAGACACCAUUGACUACGGCUGGGGUGUCAUCUCCAAGGGAACCAACUCGCCAUACCUUCCCUUCGGCGCUGGACGUCACAGGUGCAUCGGUGAGCAGUUCGCGUACCUGCAGCUGCAGACCAUCCUUGUUGCAUUCGUGAGGGAGUUCAAGCUCAGGAACGUCGGCGGCAGCAAGGAGAUCGUCGGCACAGACUACUCGAGUCUGUUCUCCCGGCCGCUUGCACCUGGUACCGUCGAGUGGGAAAGGAGGAACUAAAUUCGACGAGAUGCAGUUGUCUUUGCUAGGAUUAGCAGCUGUUUAACGAGCGUUACGAAGUAAUAGCGGAUUCGCUUCAAUGCACACCAAUAGGCGCGUUACCUGGUGUGUUAGACUUUGGUUAUAGUAGAUGUUAAUAAUAUACAUGCAAGUUAUGACUGGUA